AUGACGUCUCCCUUGUGUUUUCAGUCCGACGGAGCCAGCGGAGCAUUUCCCGCUGGCUUUCCGGGUUCGAACUGGUUCGCCCAGCAUCUUCUCGAGGCUUGUGGCGGUAACGGCGGCGUCGGAUCCGGCGUGAACGGCGGCGUUUUCGGCAGCGCACCGAGCACAUUUCUUGCGGGGUCGGGAGAGGCUCAACUCCCUUCAUCGCUUCCUGUCACAAUGUCCCCAGACGCGGACACUCACUUCGCCGCCGCGACUUCCGCCGUGCCGUCCGCGCCUAUGACGCACGAGGACGAGAUAUUUCUGGCUCAGCUACAGGCGAUGUUACAGGAGCCAUGCGGCGGCAAUGCCGCCGGCAUCAGCCCCGCCGGGACGCUUGGCGGCGAGCAACCCCCUACCGUCACCGCGCCGCCCGCUCCCGCAGGCGCCGCUACAUUUGGCGCGCAAGCGGCUAACCAGCCUUCCCACAUUCCCAGUCACUUCCGCUCGGCUCAGGCUGCGGCGGAUAACUCGAGGCGGCGGGAGCACUCCGACGGCCUUCCUCUACCUCUGCCGCUGCGCGCGGCGAAGAGUGUAAAGACGUCCCCGCAAUCCUGGCCCGGAUCGCCUGUGCGCGCUCCGUUUAACACGCCACGUUCGGCAUUGGACAGCUCGCCCCUCAGACGAGCCCUAACGGCGGAAAGGUCGAAUUUCUCCGACCCGCGUCUCGGGGAGGCUAAGUUCGGAGGUAAUCUGUCGCGCCUCGCUUCGAUGCCAUUGGACGGCGCGAACGCGGCGGCUUCCAUGGAAACACCUGCGGCGGCGAUGGCGGAGACUUCGCCCAAGCGGAGCGCGUCUGGCGACGGCAUGGGCUGCCUUUCCGAUGAGCCUCAACGGUCGAGCGGAUCUGGUUCCGCUUCCGCGUCUCCCGCCCCCUCCACUGGGGUCUCCGCUAAAAAUGCUGCCACUCCGGGCAUUUCCGGCGCGGACGGUUCCGCGGGAAGGGGCCCUUCGCAGCUCCCUUGCGAGUCCGCCUGUCCACCCUCACUGCAGUCGCCGGCAUGCCCUGACCCAGCAGCACCCCACUCCCUCCCUCUCCCGUGCCCCCCACCGCUCCUCCCUCGCCCACGCUCCCUCCCUCUCCCGAGCUCUUUCGCUCUCUCCCUUUUGCUCCCCCCUCCUGCUGCUGCUGCUGCUGCUGCUGCUGCUGCUGCUGUGAAGCUUUUGUCUGUUGUGGUGGAGGCGUCAACUGACGCUUCGGCGGUCGAGGACAUGACCGAGGAGGGGAUCGCACGCCUCAAGGACCUCAACAUCACCCCCGUGAUGUGGACGGCCAUGGAGGAGCUCGCUGACUUCCUGCGACCCUUCCAUGCCGUCACUCUGGCGGCCGAGGGGUCCAAGUACCCCACGAUCAACAGGGUGGUCCCGCAGUUCAACGAACUGCUGGACACCCUGGAGGGGAUUAGGGACAAUGAGUCAUCCCCUUGCUCCAGGAUCAUGAAGGAGUGCAAUUUUUUAGGCGCCUCAAAAAUGGACAAUGAGUCAUCCCCUUGCUCCAGGAUCAUGAAGGAGUGCAUCAACCUGGCUUUGGGAAAGCUGAACGAGUACUACUCUGGCAGCCCUGACGAGUUGUGGAUUGCCACUUUUCUGGACCCGAGCUUCAAGCUUGGGUAUUUUCAGAUGGGGAAGGAGGGGUCGACGGAGGGAGGGGCCCAGAACGCACAGCACGUGGCUGCCGAGCAGGUUCUGGAACUUGUGCGGGCGAAGUGGCGCCCGUACAAGGACAAGGCGGUCGCCCUGCGGGAGAUGAGGGAGGGAGGAGGGUCAUCUGCUGGGGCGAGUGGCCGGGUUGGCAUAGAGGGGGGCAGCAGCAGCACCCGGGAUGGUGGAGGAGCCGGCAGCAGCAAGGGGGGGAAAGGCCUUGCGAACGACGCCUUCGGGGGUGUUGUGGGGGAUCAGUCGAGUUUGAUGGCACGCCUGGCUGCCUUCCGAAGCCGACAGACAGUGACGAUCAAAGACGAGAUUCAGGAUUAUAUCAAUGAGCAGAUGGAGCCCAUGGGAGUCGACCCCCUUGCGUAUUGGCACCGUAAGGGGGAGGAUCUAGAGGGGCUGCAGGCGAUGGUGCUUGAUUACCUAGCCAUACCUGCCACGUCGGCGGCUAGCGAGCGCACGUUCUCGCUGGGCCGCAACCUUAUCACGUGGCAGCGUCAUAGGCUAGGACCCGAGCGCGUUGAAGCGGUCAUGUUGCUUAAAUCAUGGGUGGAGACGCACCAAGGGUGCAAAUUGGGCAAGGCGGCAAAGGCCCUGCUGGAGAAGGCGGCGAAGGAUUUGUUUGGCUUGGAGUUGGAUGAUGAUGCAUGA